GCGAUAUAUCACAACUCCAAAAGCCAUCAGAUUUACAUAUCACACUCACCACCAUCGUCAUUUCAAUUCGUCAAAGGAUCACCUAUGUCAACAGAAAGCUUCUCAAGUUCCAACUGGGCUUUCUUGGAGUCGAUUCGUCAACAUCUGCUGAACGAUGAUUUGGAAACACAGGAAACAUGUUUGGCCAAUGUAGUUCAGCUUGAUGCACCUUUGCAUAAUUCUCCAAGUACUUCGAGCUCUAGCAGUGCUCAUUUUGUUGUGGAGGGCUCGGGUAACACAAUGGGAGUAAUGAACCAUGCUUUGGAGACAUCAAAUAAGUUCGAGUUGGCGGUGGGGGCUGUUCAAUCACCGUUCCGCGGGCGCCAUUUUAGGGGUGUCAGGCGACGACCAUGGGGGAAGUACGCAGCGGAGAUAAGAGACCCAAAGAAGAAUGGGGCGAGAAUCUGGCUCGGAACCUAUGAGACAGCGGAGGAUGCUGGCUUGGCUUAUGACCGAGCCGCUUUUAAAAUGCGUGGCUCCAAGGCUAAGCUUAAUUUCCCUCACCUCAUUGGCACACAUGAUUCGGAGCCGGGUCGUGUCGCUCCUAAACGUUGCUCUCCGGAGCCAUUAUCUUCAUCGGUCUCAUCUUCUGAUGGUAGCGGCUCACCAAUGCUUAAGCGGAGAAGGAAUGUAGUUAGCUCUGCGGCUAAAGCCAAAUUGGAAGUUGCAGAUGAACAGCUUCAACUUAACUCUUUCUCAUUUGGUAGCCAUCUAUUGCUUAACGAGUUGUAUACAUUUGACGAUCUGUUUGCCAUCUAAGAAAGCAGAUAAUAUCGUUUGUUAAAAAAAAUAACGGAGAUUGUUCUCUCCCUUUUUUCCUUUGUAGUUGUGUGAUAAACAAUCUUGUACAUCACUAACACUACAAGUGUGUAUUCUUUUACUUGUUGGAAAAAGUUUUAGGUUUAAUAUCAAA